UCCGCCCGAACGGCGGCGUAGCCAUUUCCAAUUCGCAGGGUCCAGGCUGGGGUCUUCUGGCUUCGGCCCUUGUGCGUACGCGAGCGACUUCCUCUCUCCGAACUUGGGGGGGACGUCAGCGUGAUAACUGGGACUUGCGUUUCGGGGCCGCGGCCAGGGUUGAGCGGUUUCUGGGGAGCCUCGGACCCGACCAGACGCAUCCCGUCCUCGUGCCCCUCCACCAGUACUUGUCCCCUACGCCGCUGACCCGCUUUCACUAUUAACGGCCCUUUCCCUCCACCAGCCUUAAUUUCCUGUGGCUACAUUCUGGCUUGCCUGGCUCUUGGGCUUCGUUUUAUAUAUCUAACUUAUGCUGAAAUGUAAAUUUCUGUAAAUUUUUUCAAUGAAUUGCACCAAAUAAAAUGAGUUGAUUGUGUUUGCGUGUGUGCCUUUACAGAAUUUACGAUCACUUUCUAGGACUGAUUUGUCUUCUUUUGAACUUCAACCACAGGUUGCUUUACAAACGUUUUUAAAGGGUCCCCUAUUGUCUUCCUGAAAUGAGUCUGGUGCUCAGAAACUUGCAGCGAGCUAUCCCCCUCCGAAGAGUGCCGCUCCGCCAGAGGAUGGAGAUAGUCAGGAGUAUUUUAGGGGUCCAGAAAUUCGACCUGGGGAUCAUCUGUGUUGACAACAAGAGUAUUCAGCACAUCAACAAGAUCUACAGAGAGAAAAAUCUCCCAACCGAUGUGCUUUCUUUUCCAUUUCAUGAGAAUCUGAAAGCAGGUGAAAUUCCCCAUCCUGAUUUUCCAGAUGACUAUAAUCUGGGGGACAUUUUCCUAGGAGUGGAGUAUAUCUUCCAGCAGUGCAAAGAAAAUGAAGAUUACUACAACAUCCUGACCGUGACUGCUAUCCAUGGGCUCUGUCAUCUACUGGGCUUCACCCACAGCACAGAGGCCACUUGGCAGGAGAUGUACCAGAAGGAGAAGCAGGUUCUCGAGGAGCUGGGCCGGCGCACUGGGCUCAGGCUUCAGCCCCUGAGCAGGGACCUCUUUUGAUGUCACAGCCGAAGAUGCAGGUUUACCCGAGAGACCCUCCAGAACACAGGGACACCGUGUAGAUGGGAGUUGCCCCCUCCCUUCGGGCCACGAGGAUCAGAGACUCCACCAGACUGAGGGUCCUGCUGGUCAGUGCCCAAGCUGGAGCUAAAUUCCGUAAGUGGAACUAUUUCUUAAAGCAUAAGAGAAAUUUCCACUCAUGUCUUUACUUAGAACACAGCAGACAUGUUAUUUUCAGUAUUGUAAAUAAAACAAUUCUAAACUCU